AUGUCAUUAAAGUUUAUUGCCGAAGCAGCGAAUCUACUGUUACAAACUACCUUGAAUGCAAAUGUUGGUUUCACAGAAAUUUCUAUAAAUAAGGAAAAGUUUAUAUUUACUUAUAAAGAAGAGGAAUUAUUAAGGUUGGUCGAACAUAUAGAGUUGGUAAAAAAACAACAACGCGAGCAAGAGUACGCGUUACAAAAACAGCAACAGAUAUCAUCGUUAAUAUUUGCUGAACCAACUGAUGAAGUUGAAUUAAAGAAACGAAUCGAUGAAAAAAAACAAAUUCUUUUAGAUUUAAGAGCAAAAAAUUUAGUCAAGGAUAAAGCAAUUGAAUGGUGCAUAAAAGAUAAUUAA